GCUCAAGGGUGCCCCAGUCAGGCGAACCUACAGGGACUCCAGGGACCUGGUCUCAGCCCACCGGCGAGCACGGGGAGCCCCCAGGCGGGAGUCGCGGCCACCCCUGUCGUGGGAGACUGGACAGAUGGCCCAGCCUCAGGCCUCUUUCCCUCUGCCCUCUUCCCCUGCUGGAACUCAUGCGUAGAAACUCAUCUCACCACCAAACAACUACAGCAUUUCUCCGUUAUUAGUGAAUUACAGACGCUCUUGUAGAAAAUUUGGAAAAUACCUAAAAGCAUCCAAAGAAAACAAAAACCUCCUCAAAUGCCAGUCCCCACCUGGUUUCAAAGACCUCCAGCUCAGGCAGUACACAUGGGCCUCAAAGAUAAGUUGUCGUUUUUGACCAGGAAGGUUCUGGGGCCUUGGCAUCUUUCCGGGGAAAAGGCAUGGGACAUGGAGAACAUUACUGAUAUCUAAUCUUGAUUAUAGUAAUUAGGGGAAAUGUGCAACUUGCUGAAGAAAGUUGAUCCAGUAGCAGCCGUGUGUAUGUGCCCAAUCCGGCACGUCUUGCAUUGCCCCCCACCCCGACUUUUCAGACUGCUACAUGUGAACUGAUAGUAUAUUUUUGAGUCCACAUUUAGGUAAGGAAGGAGCUCUCAGCUCCAUUAAUGAAGGGCCUUGUCAGUAGCCAAGGCUGUCAUUUAUGGUCACCGUGAUGGGCAACUUUGCUGUGAUCGUGCUGUUGCAUGAAUCCAUGUCUAAUGCCUGACUGGCCAGAAAGCACCUUGACUCUGGUCUGUGGAUUUCUAAUGAUGGGGCAGAAACCUGCUGUUUCUGUCUGUUUCAUGCUCCUCAUCAGUGGUGAGCUGAAGAUGGGUCUGAGGAAGACAUUCUGAGCUUCUAGAAUAUUCAGAAAGUUUGCCUGGGAAGUUCGCUCUCCGGUAGUGGAAGCUUGAAGUCCAGGAUGAUCCUGUCCAACACCACGGCCGUGACACCCUUUCUGACCGAGCUGUGGCAGGGGACAGUUCAACAGGGCAGCAACACGUCUGGCCUGGCCCGCAGGUCCCCUGCUGACAGUAACGGGGAGCUGGAGGCUCUCUACAUUCUCAUGGUGCUCGGCUUCUUCGGUUUCUUCACUCUGGGCAUCAUGCUGAGUUACAUCCGCUCCAAGAAGCUGGAGCACUCCCACGACCCCUUCAACGUGUACAUAGAGUCCGACACCUGGCAGGAGAAGGACAAAGCGUACUUCCAGGCCCGGAUUCUGGAGAGCUACAGGGCAUGUUAUGUCAUUGAAAACCAGCUGGCUGUGGAACGACCCAACACACACCUUCCUGAGAUGAAGCCUUCAUCAUGACCCCACAACUGGUUAGACCUCGACAAAGCCUACUCGACAAUCUGAUUUUUCUAAUCCUUUGCCUCUUAUACUCUUUAUUGUAUGGAUACAAUUGGAGGUUUUUGCUACUGUAAAGGGUGAGGGAUGGGUCAGUAACAUUAUUUCUCUAAAAUCAUAUUCCUUCUAUAAUGGACUGUCACCUGCUAAGCAGGAUGUGUCCCGGCCUUGAUAAUUUUAGCAUAAGCCCUGAGAUCAUGGCCUCUGAGAAUAAGAGCUGUAUUUCCCAGACUCCCUGCAGCUAGCAAGGGCACGUGAUGAAGUUCUGGCCAGUAGAAGUGGGAGUGAUGGAGGUAAUUCCCAAGUGAGCCUUGAAAAGGAAAGGAUGUAUCCUCCACUUCCCUUUCUCCUUUCCCAGUGGCUGGGGCAUGGAUGAGGUGGCAAGCCAGCUUUGACUCUGGAACCCGACAGUACAUUUAUAGAUGGCAGAGCAAUAAGAGUCUGGGUCCCUGGGCGAUCCCACAGGACAGCGUCUCCCAACUUUCCUGGACACACACCAGCUCAGACUUUAUAGGAAAGAGAAACUAACUCCAGUCUUCCUUAAGCCACUGUUAUUUUGGUUUCUGUUAAAGUAGCAGACUCAAUAUCCUAACUAAUAUACUUCCCUUAUAGGACUGAAACCAAAGGCAUUAUAUUUCCACGUUUGUCACAAGCACAAACCCUUUCUUGUUACAGGGCAGUACUUAUAUCAAUUCGACCCUCACUACGUGGCUCUGUUCUCCUCUUCCUUCCUGCUUCCCACUGCUCCUGUGUGCCUACGUUUCAUGAAUCCCCACCGCCAAACACACACACAGAAACACACACAGAUACACACACAGAUACACGCUCACACCCACAGAUGCACAUGUGCACACAGAGAGACACACACACACACGCACACUUCCAACUCAUGUAUCCCAGUCUCAAAGGAACUCACUCCCUACAGAACUGAGAUGCAGGAGAAAAAAAUCCUGGUUUCAGAAUGAAAGGUGCUCAGUUAUCAUGGCAGGAGGGAAGGGCCUACGCAUCAUUUCAAGAGCCUGGGAGAAGGAGUGGGUGUAGACAAAUGGAAAUACAUGGAACUGAGGUGGCAGGGUGGCAGGGCCUUUUGAGAUAAUCGGUCUAUUGUGAUUGAAUUGUGUCCCCCCAAAAGAUUCGUUCAAGUCCUGACCCCUGGUGCCUAUGACUGUGACCUAAUUUGGAAAUAGGAUCUUUGCAGAUGUCAUUAAGCUAAGAUGAGGUCAUUGGGGUGGGCCCUAAUCCAAUAUGACUGAUUUUCUUAGAAGAAGAGGGAGAGUUAGACACAAACAUGUGGGGAAAACCUCUGUGGGAAGAACCACACAGACAUGCGAUGACAGAGGCAGAGAUUGUAGUGAUGUAGCCACAAGCCAAUGAUUAACGGCAACCACCAGAAGCUGGCAGAGGCAAGGAGGGAUUCUCCCCUGCAGGUUUCUGAGGAAGUAUGGCCCUAUGACACUUCGGCUUCAGGCUUCUGGCCUCCAGUACCGUAAGACGAUGAGUUUGUAUGGUUUUAGGCCACCUUCUUCGGAAUUCUUUGUUACAGCAGCCACAGGAAACUCAUACAGUGCCUCUCACCUCACCCCAGCGACAGCUGCUUUCCUCUCAGCCCUUCUUCUCCUCACAAGGCAAGAUUCCUUCACAGAUGAGAGAUGGGGAAGGGGUUGGGGGUGGAGGAAGAUGGUACCAGGAGGAGUUGCUCAUGGCAGUAGAAGAAAGCCUCGUUAGCGUGACCCAACCUGAGGGCGUCACAGAGCAUGUGCGCCCUUGAGUUUCAGCUUCUCCAGCUAUCAUGGGCAGCGCUAGCUCUCUACAACAUCCUGAACGCUCGCCUGCUUGGGCGUUCCUGAAGAGAGUGGAAUGUUUAAGUAAAACGCAGCUGUUCAAAACCUGCACAUAAUAUAAAUUAAAAGCAACACAUAGCAUGUUGACCAUCCUUAGAUGGACAAACCGGGCCCAGCCCAACUCCAGUCCUUGUUUCAUGUGACAGACAGUGAUUCCCUAGGUGUGCUUGGAGCAGGGACUCAACAUGUCUGGGGCAGAACCCCGACACAGAUUACUAUAGUCCUUGAAAUGGGUGGUUCUUUUGGGUCAUGGCGUCCUUUGAAAAGCUAAUGAAAGCUAAUGAUCCCCCACACACACACCCCAAAAGUACACACACGCACAACAUUUUGCCCACCAUCUUGGCCAUUUAUGAGCCACUGGAAACCCAUUUGACUGCUGUGUGAGUUCCCUGCUCUUGACAGACACAUAUCACCCAUAUUGAAGGAAAGGCAGGCCGGGCGCUGGGGUGUGGAGAGGGAGCCAGAGCACAUGUGACCCACUAUAUGUUUCAUAAUGUCACCCUGACUUUGAUGUUGCAGACCCAGGACUGGCUCCUUAUCACCAGUUCAGUCUCCCUCACUGAGAUUCCUGCAGCUUUUCAGGCAGCGGGAGCUCCCUUGAGCCUUAUCCUGCCUGUCCUCGAGGGACCUGCCAGCCAUGCAGCUCACUUCCCCACACCCCUCAAACUUCUUACAAGCUGCAAAUUUUCAAAUGCUUAUUACGUGUUUAAAUUAUAGUUUAACACAUAUAAAGUGCUUGCUAUGUCCAGGGGCUGUUCUGAGCUCUUUAAAAAUAGAAUCUCAACGUUUUGUAUUCAAUAUUGUCUGUACGUAUUGGAUAGGGCAGCAUGCCUUUUGAAAUAUUAAUAAGAUCUUCUUUGAAAAUGUAAUGUCUUUUAUCAUGAUCUGUGGUGUGUGUUCUCUGAAUAUCACUAUACUUUUAGAAAGUGGAUGUGGGUUCUCGGGGGCUCUGAUGAGGCAGCCCCAGGGGUUUGGGAAUAAGGAUGUCAGAUUGCCCAUGGAUAGUCCAACCCUGUGUCGACCCCCUGAUACCCACAUAUAGAAAGCAACAGAGCAAAGCCCCAGAUGGAGAUGGAGGCAGACUGUUGAGCCCCCUCCUUCCAAGGGGAAGGCACUUUUGCUGCUGAACUUAAUGCAUUUCCAGCUAGCCAGGAAUGUGGUGAACUUAAGGGUUUGUUUUUUUUUUUUUUUAAAUAAGCUGGAAAUCUGGAUAUUUACUUGAAAGCUCCUGAUUUUUAAAUAUGGGCAAUUAUUAGAUUAGUGCAAAAGUAAUUGUGGUUUUUGCAAUUAUUUUUAACCUUUUAAACCACAGUUCCUUUUGCACCAACCUAAUAAUUCCUUUUUUUAAAAUUAUGUGGGCCAGACACAAUAUAACCUAGAGCUGAAUUCUGCCCAAAGACCACCAAUUUAUAACCUCUGCUUUAAAGAGAAAGAACAGCUCCAGGCCAGCCCUAGGCCAUCAUGCUUGAUAGAAAGCAGAGCCAGAGAGGGGACGCUGUAUCUGAAGGGCCGCCCUGCCUUGGUGGCAGAAGAGGCGAAAUCACUGGCAGCACUCUCCCAAAUGUGGUCCUAGCUAGUGGACCCUCAGGUCCCAGCCCUGCGACGAGAGGCUGCAUCAGGUUGCCUUCUCCUGGCACCGUGAGGACAUCCCAUUCAUCCGACUCUCCUUUUGGGACGUCAGACCCCUCACUCUGUCACUCUAGAAGAGUGUGUCACAACUCUGUUCCUUCGGUUUUGUUCCUUAGAUUCUCGGAACUAGUGUGGGAGUCUGCCCUAGAGUGGUAGACCCACUAUGUGCAGGCAAAUCAGGCUUCUGAGCUAAUGGUGGACUGGGGUAAAUUAGCCAACAUUCACACCUCGACUGUCCCAGAGGAACCUCGCCUGGCUCGGGAUGGCUUCUAAACUUCUCCAGAACGAUAUGCAAUUCACUGGAUAGUUGACUUUGAUGAGCUCGCUCCAUCAAGUUUCACGACACCAUUACCUGUCUAGUUAACUGUCACUUAACUGCUGAGGAAACAGGCUCAGCAAGGACACACUCAAGGUCAUUGCUUGUUUAAAGGAGGAAGCCACCAGGAGCUCUGCUUCCCGAACUUCUGGCUCUCACCUUCCUGCAGCUGCUUUAACAGGCCAAGGGCUCCUGCAGGCCUGUGAGUGGGGAAGGAAUGGAAGGCUGUGCUCGGAGGUGAAAGGUAAUCAGUGUUGGCCUCAAAAGCAAAGCGUUACUAACUAACCACUGUCACUCCAAAAAAUUUUAAUUAAAACAAAUAAAUAAAGAGCAAAGACUGUCACCACUACAAAGGAGAG